AUACAGCUCAAAUCUGUUGUUUAUCGCCUAGUGGAUAUUUUGCUAGUCUUAUCAUUUCUCCUGAACAGUGCCGGAUUUAGGCUAUUAUGGCGUCUUUGGGGGAACCUGUUCGACUGGAAAGAGACAUUUCUCGGGCCAUUGAAUUGCUUGACAAGCUCCAGAGGACAGGGGAAGUGCCACCCCAGAAACUGCAGGCACUGCAAAGGGUCUUGCAGAGCGAGUUCUGUAAUGCUGUGCGAGAGGUGUAUGAACAUGUGUAUGAGACAGUGGACAUUAACAGUAGCCCAGAAGUCAGGGCAAAUGCCACAGCCAAGGCCACUGUUGCAGCGUUUGCGGCCAGUGAGGGGCACUCACACCCUCGCGUGGUGGAGCUACCUAAGACGGAGGAAGGACUUGGCUUCAAUAUAAUGGGAGGGAAGGAACAGAACUCUCCUAUUUACAUCUCACGCAUCAUUCCUGGGGGAAUCGCCGACCGCCACGGGGGCCUCAAGAGAGGCGACCAGCUUCUUUCUGUCAAUGGAGUGAGUGUGGAGGGGGAGCACCAUGAGAAAGCUGUGGAGCUUCUCAAAGCUGCCCAGGGCACUGUGAAGCUGGUGGUCAGGUACACUCCUAAAGUCCUUGAGGAAAUGGAGUCCCGCUUUGAGAAGAUGAGGUCUGCAAAGCGCCGGCAACAGAACAGCUAUCCCCAAUAGUGUUUUUUUCAUCACUGGCACACAAUUCCCUUAUCUUUCACCCUCUUCCAGCCAUCUGUCCCAGUCACAAUUUUAACCUUCUUCUAAAACUUAGCACACUAAGUUGAGUUAUGUAUCCACAUGUAUAUAUUUCUACCUUUUCUACACCCUACCCCUGGGACUUCUGACACUGUCCUCCACACCACGACUCAAGGCAAACACUAGAUUCAUCAUAUUUCUACAAGUAGUUGGUCAUUCACGCUUUACAUGUGCAUUACAUUUUGGGCUGACAUAUUGGAUGUCGUUUGAGGACCUGUGAGACCCACAACAGAGGUUCAUUGAUUGAAGAGAUGGUAUAUUUAUUUAUUUUAGUACAGCCUUUAUAAUGUGCCUCAGGGCAAUACAAAUGUAUUUAAACUUGUACUGUCAUACUGUCAUUCAAAUUACCCUCGUUUUAAUUUGGGUAUAAAACUAAGCUCAGAUGAUUUAACACUUCAAUGCCAGGUUUACUAAGCAUUUGCAGGAAUGCAAACUUCACCGCUGCUAUUUUUGAGAGUGAAAAGAACUGGUAGUAAUAGAAUACAUUUGGGAUAUAAGGGGUAUAGAAUAUAUAUAUUAUCGAAGGAAAUGUGUGUACAUUUAUAUAGAAAUGUUGUAUUUUGUGUUUACCAGUAUAUGAAGGCUAAAUGGAGACCGUUAUGUUUCACCAUGGUCUCUGUUUUGUUUUUUUUCCUCCUGAAAAUAACAUGUGUGAACGUUUUGGUAGAUCUGUGUUUAGUAUUCUAAUCUUAAAUUGUUAAGGAAUUAAAUAAUACAUUCUCUGAAUUUAUUUUUAACUUCGUGCUGAUGUUUUUACUGUCUUACAAGCUUUAAAAAAAGAUUUUGCUGUCUCAUAAAAUAUUCAGCAACUUCUAGCUUUUGCAUCCCAUGAAUCAUUUAGAGCCUUCAAAUGUGUAGGUUUUCAGUGGACUGGGAGAAGGCUUACUAAGCACAGCAUCUGUCUUUUAAAAUUCAGAUAACCUUUUCCCCUUAUGACAGUAAGGGGGGACAGUAUACACUUUUGAGACCUGAGGCAAACCUGACAUUUUAAAUAUUUCAAAAGAGCAAUAAGUCAGAACCUUUCGAAACCAGAGGGGUAUUUCAUGAACAGGGUCAGUGGAUUUUGAGAUUCCCCAAGAAAGCUGCAUUCCCAUAGCCAUUUUUUUUCUCAUUUCUUUGAGUUAUUUUGCACUAUUCACACUUCAAAGGUGUGGCCAACUCACUCAAGGUGGGUUUACAGUAGGUCGGCCAACUUGUCGCAGCGACGACACAAAUGCCAUUGUUGUCCAACACAAACUGAAGUUUCCAAAAAGCAUAAACGAGAAAAAGACAAUUGCACUACCACCAGCAUGGUUGUUUGAAAUAGGGUGCUACCUGCUAUCUUUCAAUGCGAGUAAACUCAUUAUUGAAUGGCAUGCAUUAAAAAAAUGCAUGUUAUCUACUGGUAUGUGAAACCCACCUUCAUUAAUACAGUUCAAAAUAAAGACCAAUAACGUUGCUAUGCUGUUGCUAAGCUGUGGUUGAGUUAACAAAGCCAUAUUUUUGGUUGCUGACUUACAGGUUUGAAUUAUAUACUUGUUGACCUAUAAAAUUAGGUACAUGUCCCAUUUGGUGAACUAUCCCUUUAAGAUGGGAACUUAAUUUGGUAUCACUGAUUUCAAUUCCAGAUAUGUUAUUUUUCACCUGAAUAGUAUAGUUUGUAUUUUAAUUUUAUGGUCGCUUGUGAAUGUACUGUAUAAUUCCAGUUAUAUUGAUAAAAUAGAUUUUACGUUUUUGCUGAAUUGAAUAAAAUGUAUUCAUCUAAAUCAUGAAACAUUUAGUAUUUCCUUCACUCUAAAGUUUUCUUCACUUCAUAAAGAAAAUAUUCUAUGUUCUAUUCAUACUUUUAAACAGAUGUGUAAAAUAAACAAAGGCUUAACAGAUUUGGCACCCAAUAGCAAGUUGGUUACGUGUCGGCUUGCCCCUCAGAUUUGGCACCCAAUAGCAAGUUGGUUACGUGUCGGCUUGCCCCUCAGAUUUGGCACCCAAUAGCAAGUUGGUUACGUGUCGGCUUGCCCCUCAGAUUUGGCACCCAAUAGCAAGUUGGUUACAUGUCGGCUUGCCCCUCAGAUUUGGCACCCAAUAGCAAGUUGGUUACGUGUCGGCUUGCCCCUCAGAUUUGGCACCCAAUAGCAAGUUGGUUACGUGUCGGCUUGCCCCUCAGAUUUGGCACCCAAUAGCAAGUUGGUUACGUGUCGGCUUGCCCCUCAGAUUUGGCACCCAAUAGCAAGUUGGUUACGUGUCGGCUUGCCCCUCAGAUUUGGCACCCAAUAGCAAGUUGGUUACAUGUCGGCUUGCCCCUCAGAUUUGGCACCCAAUAGCAAGUUGGUUACGUGUCGGCUUGCCCCUCAGAUUUGGCACCCAAUAGCAAGUUGGUUACAUGUCGGCUUGCCCCUCAGAUUUGGCACCCAAUAGCAAGUUGGUUACGUGUCGGCUUGCCCCUCAGAUUUGGCACCCAAUAGCAAGUUGGUUACAUGUCGGCUUGCCCCUCUACCUUGACAAUUCCUAGAGCUUUGUGAAACACCCCUCAGGUUUCUACCCUCUUAUAUUUUGGAAGGGUCAAUAAAAUAUUUUUCUAAGUGUUUUCUUUUGAUAUUUUUAUUUUUUACAAAGGAUUUUCAUGAGAGAAAAAAAAUCCUGAAAUUAUUUGUAUUCCUUUUCUGACUGUUAUAUUCUUGUUUUGAGUACCAAGACCAAACUUGCAACUUUUAUGAGAACUAUUUGAUAUGAUGUUGAAUGUUUGCUUGUUUUGGACUGUUAGGUCUACUUACAAAAUGUGCUGCUCUCAGUUUAUUCUGUCCAUUUGUAUUGUGUUACGUUGAUGUGGAUGUAUAUAAUUAUUUAGAUCAAAAUGAUUUAGAUCCAAAAACUGCACAAAAUAAAUUAUACCAUGAAAAAUGUU